GGCAUGCGCACUUCAGCCCUGACGUAGGCGGUAUAAUUGCCUCGUGCUGUGUGCACCGUUCUCUCUACUACAUCCACGGUGUGCACGCUGGUGGAGUAAAAGUUACAGCUAGAAUGGCAGCAGGCCGAGAAUCAAAACUCCAGCUGGUUCACAGACACAUCCGAGCUUUUUCAGACUUUCCGAAGAAAGGCAUCCUGUUUAGGGAUAUCUGUCCCAUCCUGAAGGACCCAGCCGCUCUCACAGCAGUGAUCGACCUGUUUGAAGAACAUGUAAGGAAGAAUCACCAGCACGUUGAACUGAUCGUAGGUUUAGAUGCUCGUGGUUUCCUGUUUGGUCCUCUGCUCGCUCAGCGACUGGAUGUUGGCUUUGUCCUGGUCAGAAAGAAAGGCAAACUGCCUGGGAGCACUGUGUCUGUGGCCUACGAUUUGGAGUAUGGCAAGGCAGAAGCAGAGAUCCAGGAGGAUGCAGUGGCUCCAGGACAGAAAGUUCUUCUCAUUGAUGACCUCCUGGCUACUGGAGGGACACUGUAUGCAGCCUGUGAGCUAAUGAAGAAGCAGCAGGCUGAGGUUCUGGGCUGCAUGGUGGUCAUCGAGCUCAAAGAGCUGAACGGUAUCGACAAACUGAAGUCCCACAGUGUGUUCUCGCUGGUUCAGUACUGAGGACCACUGCAGCUGCCACGCAGGAAACCAGUCAAACAUUGAUUUUAAAACCAGCCAGCUGCUUCGCAAGUGUCACCAGCCACAAACGAGGAACCUGUUCAGCACACAUUUCAAUCACUUACUGUUUUGCAAUUUUAAUUGGCACUAAAAUAUUAAAUGUUUUUGUCACUCAUUUA